AAAAGACAGAGAAAAGAAAAGAGAAAGAAAAACAGCUUUCAAAGAGGAGGGAGGAAAAGUCUUGUGUGUUUUCUGCAUUGAAGAGAAUUAAAAAUAAACAACAUUUUCAUCUUCUUCUCUCAUUAGCUCUUUUAUAAUAGAUCUGUGGGCUUACUUUGAUUCCUUCUCUUUCUCCUCUUUCAAUGCGGGUGACUUAUACUUACAUUUCCUUUUCAAUAUCAUUCAAAUGAUAAUUAUGAUAGAGCUCUACUUCUAAAUUCUCGCAAAUGGAGUCUGAAACGGCAUCGUCUGCCGAUGAACAGGUCGUUGGUGCUGCUCCUCCACUGGGAGCUGAUACCAGAGGUAAGCAUCGGAUUCUUGCAGAGCUUAAGCGCGUCGAGCAAGAAAUCAAGUUCUUGGAGGGAGAGCUGGGGGAGCUUGAGAAAACAGAUAAUGUAUCAACAGCGUGUGAAGAGAUUAAAAUCAGUUUUGUUGGUGCUCCUCAGAUUAAUGCGGAAUGUCCAUGCCAUACCCGAUCCGUUACUCUCAGAAACAAAUGGCCCUGUAAACCCAUUAUGGGAUCGAUGGUUUGAAGGGCCCCAGGAAUCUCAAGGUUGCCGAUGCUGGCUACUCUGAUCUGAAGUAAAAUCUAACAUUUGUUGUGAUUUUUCAACUGGAGGCUUCAACAUAUGUUACUGUUUGUGGGUUUUGCAGUUCCUUUUUGUCAAUAGAUCAUUAGCGUGCCUAGUUAAAUGGCAAUUAUUAAUGCCGACUUAUGCAAUAACAUGUUAAAAUUUGCAUUUCAUCAGAGUCUGUAUAUGAAUCUCACGUAGGUUAAAACAAUCUUAUUCAAUAACUGGUCUCUGUCUGUCAAUGAACACAGUCUCUCUCUCUCUCUCUCUCUCUCUCUCUCUCCCGAUUUUGCCAUGUGGUGACGUAUCUGAAGAUGCUGGUUUUAUCGUUGAACACAGUCAAUGAAUUUUUUUUAAAUUCUUUAGAAUAUGAUUGUAUUAAAUUCAGUUGUCAUUUCAUUAUUAAUUGCAUUUCAAUUUUUUAUUUCUA